AUGGCUUCAGGCCCGUCUAUUUCUACCGUGUAUGUGCGGAACCUCGAGGAGCGCGUCAAGCCCGAGGCCCUCAAGGAGGCGCUAUCGGUCGUGUUCUCGGAGUACGGAAAUAUAAUUGAUAUCGUUGCGAAGCGGAACCUUAAAGCCAAGGGCCAGGCGUUCAUCGUCUAUGACCGCCCCGAGUCGGCUCUUCAGGCCGUAGAAGAAGUACAGGGCUUCGAGCUCUUCGAGAAGCCGAUACAGGUUGCGCUUGCGCGCACGCGCAGCGAUGCUACGGUCAAGAAGACGGGGAAUAAGGAGGAGUUUGAGCUUCAUCAGCGGAGGAGGUUAGCUGAGAAGGAUAAGAAAAAGGCCGCCGAAGCAGCCGAAGAGCAAAAGCGCCUCAAGCGCCCCGGCGCCCAGCCCCCUCAAGGCGAAGCAGCGCGUCCGGCCAAGACAGCCCGCGGACUCAAGUCGACUGGCCCAUCCGCCGGCCCCAAUGCCGUUGUUCCGGACGAAUACCUCCCUCCGAACAAGAUCCUGUUCGUGCAGAACCUGCCGGACGACUACCACGACAUCGAGGCGCUCACAGGCAUCUUCGGACGCUUCGAGGGCUUCCGCGAAGUCCGUCUGGUCCCCGGACGCAAGGGCAUCGCAUUUAUCGAGUACGAGGCCGAGGCGGGUGCUAUCACGGCAAAGGAGAAUACUGCGGGUAUGGCGCUUGGCGAAAAGCUUAUCAAAGUUACAUACCAGAGACAGUAG